AUGUCUCCUUGCGGCUCUUGCCAUAGUCCUGGCAUCUACGGUAACGCUCAGGCAUCGUAUCUGUUUCUUCUGCCAGAAGACGUAAUCCUCGACUACCGAGCCGAGGGUUUUGUUGUAAUCUGGGCAUAUGAGAGGUUCGUCGCGGAAGAUCUCAGAGGUAUCACAGGCAAGAUGAAGCAAGGCAAAGAAUCGAUCCCGCGGAUCUGUAGUACCGAAGUGUCGCGUGCGCCCACCCAUCCAAAAAUCGACUUGAAGAGCACCAAGGCCGUCUCGGCGUGCAAGAGCUACUUCUUGAAGGACCCAUAUCCUGUACCACCAUGGCCUAGCAAGCAAACUGUCGAAGCUGACAAGGAUCGCGGACCAGUAGGAAGCGUCGUCGAUGUCAUCAACUAUAAAGGAUGCAUUGACGUCUCCCCGGGGAAAACUGGAGACCAAGCUACUCAAUUCAAGAUCUUGACGCAACAAGCGAGGUAUUCUGCUGGCCAAAUUCUCCCACUCAGCAUGGUGUUUGUACGACCGAUCUUCUCCGUCAGCGAAGCAGCGCUGGAGAAGAGGGCCUAA